AUGGUAAGCAGCUUUACUCCAUGCUUUAGUUACUUGACUGGAAGCAGUGGCACUGGAUCUUCACCGACAGCAGAAUGCUGCAAUUCACUGAAAAAUCUCAUGAGUGAUAGCAUGGAUUGUACAUGCCUCGUUGUAACUGGGAAUGUUCCAGUCUCAAUACCAUUCAUCAGUAGGCCUUUGGCUAUUUCACUCCCCCAAAUGUGUAAAAGUUCCGUACCAUUACAGUGCAAAGCCACCGGCAUUGCCUUACCACCUUCAGGCCCUGCCUUAUUUGCGCCAAGUGAAGCACCUGUUGCUCAUGCUCCUCAUGCUCAUAGUCCAAAAGCUUCAAAAGCGGCUGCAGCGGCGGCGGCAUCACCAGCGGCUGCAGCGGCGGCCGAACCACCAGCAGCUGAAACACCACUUGAUAUUAUUCCAGCAGCACCACCGGAAGUUACAUUAGCUCCAACAGCAAAUCCAGGGAUCAGACCAAUUCUCAAUCCCAACUUGGCUUCAAAUCCACCUAUUCUUUCGUUGUCAUCUCUUCUGCUUAUGCUUGUUGGAAUCAUGGUCCUAAAGUUAUUCUGA